AUGGCUCUGCAGGAUGUAUGCAAGCAGCAGGCCCUGGACAUCGAAGGACUGUCCCCUCACUUGUCUCAGGCUGGCAGCUGGACCGUGCCCCGGGGCUGUGAUCCUGAGUCCUUCCUGCGGAUCCAUGGCCCCAGGCUGGCCCACGGCACCACCACCCUGGCCUUCCGCUUCCGUCAUGGAGUCAUUGCCGCAGCCGACACUCGUUCCUCCUGUGGCAGCUACGUGGCCUGUCCAGCUUCACUCAAGGUCAUCCCUGUGCACCAGCACCUCUUGGGUACCACUUCGGGCACCUCGGCUGAUUGUGUUACCUGGUACCGGGUGCUGCGGCGGGAGCUGCGGCUUCGGGCUCUAAGGGAGGGUCAGAUGCCCAGUGUGGCGGGUGCGGCCAAGCUCUUGUCAACCAUGAUGUCCCGCUACCGGGGGCUGGAUCUGUGUGUGGCCACUGCCCUGUGUGGCUGGGACUGCUCUGGCCCUGCUCUCUUCUAUGUCUACAGCGACGGCACCUGCUUCCAGGGGGACAUAUUCUCUGUAGGCUCGGGAUCUCCCUAUGCCUAUGGCGUGCUAGACCACGGCUACCGCUAUGACAUGACCACACAGGAAGCCUAUACCCUGGCCCGCCGUGCUGUGGCCCAUGCCACCCAUCGUGAUGCCUACUCAGGGGGCUCAGUGGACCUGUUCCAUGUGCGGGAGAGUGGAUGGGAGUAUGUAUCACGCAGUGAUGCCUGUGUGCUGUACACAGAGCUGCAGAUGCUCCCGGUGCCAGAGCUGGAGAGUGAGGACACCCAGGCCCAGCCUGAGCCUGUCAUUCCUCAUGGAGCUUCGGAAGGCAGAGAACUCCCUGUGGGCCCAGAGGAGUUGGCACUAGAAGACUCCCAAGACACCAGCAAAAACUGA